GCGCAGGCCGGUGUUUGGGGCGGGCUGGGCGGCGGGCGGUUGCGGGGCGGCGAGGGGCACGGCCGGCGCUCGCUGCCUCCGCCCGCCCUCCCGCCAUGAACUCCCUGGACCAGGCUGAGGAUCUCAAAGCUUUUGAACGAAGACUUACUGAAUAUAUUGCAUGUUUGCAACCUGCUACAGGACGUUGGAGAAUGAUUCUGAUAGUGGUAUCAGUCUGCACAGCAACUGGUGCUUGGAACUGGUUAAUAGACCCGGAGACACAAAAGGUGUCAUUUUUCACGUCACUUUGGAAUCACCCUUUUUUCACAAUUAGCUGUAUUACCCUAAUAGGCUUGUUCUUUGCUGGAAUACAUAAAAGAGUAGUGGCACCAUCAAUUAUAGCAGCCCGGUGUCGAACUGUUUUGGCAGAAUAUAAUAUGUCCUGUGAUGAUACUGGAAAAUUAAUUUUGAAACCUAGGCCUCAUGUUCAAUAAGGGCUUUCUUCCUUCGUUUUUUUUCCACUGCCAUGGAAACCAAAAAAUGACCUUUUUUUAAGGUAGUAUGACAGCAAAAAACACAAACGGGACUGGUUGUCACUGCCUGGGAGUGAAAGUCUUACACAUUUGACAGUGAAAAGUGUGCAAUAUUACUUUCUGGAAUAUUUAUCCAAAUUCUUUGUUAUCAUAUUAUCAGUGCUUUUGCUACUUCUGAUUACCUCUUUUUCAGUAUUAGUGUCACUUUUUUUACUUCAGCUAGGACAGAACAUACAGGCGGAGUAUGUUAAUCGGCUACGAAGUUGGAACUUGAAAAAUCAAACCUCAUUUGUGUUACGUGUCUGUGUGAGCUAUUGUAAAUAGCAGACCGAUGCCAGCGUGCAGGAAAAGAAGUAAUAUUUGCUGUAUGGAUUAUUUUUCUUUCGUUCUCAUGAACAGUAUUGAGAGGAACACUUACCAUUCCCGCGAUGUUUUAUGAGCACACUUAACUCAGUACAGCUGUCCUUGUCUCCUGGUCACUCUUUUUUUUUUGGAAAACUGGUUAAACGGCUCGCAGAGAGAGACUGUCUGUCUGUCCAUCCGCCUGUGCUGGAGGAAACUGGUCUGACUGUUUGAGAACUUUGCAAAUACACCAAGGAAUCACAUCUGUCAAAUUGUACAUACAGCGCGCCGGCCGCUUCCGUCGUGGUCGUAGGUAGCUCCUUGUUUGAUCUGGUUCACCACACUGCUAUUUUAAGGUUUUAAUAUUUUAAAAAGCGUCUUAAGUAUGCUUGUAUCUUCCUGACUGUGAGGGUUGUACUGUAUCUGAAGGCCACGUGACCAUUCUGAGUGGAUUUUUAUGCUGUGGACAUGGAACUCGUAUUGGAAAUGUAUAAAUUUGGUGAAGCAGAUGGAAAGAGUGCCACAAUAAAGCAACAGACCCUGUUAUUCAGAGUGGUAAAAACACGGCGUGGAUGUUGUGUGAGUAACGUGCAACUUUGGAAUGGCUGAAACUGUAAAAGGAUCUUAGGAGUUUUAAGUUGUUCAAGGUGCCUUUCUUAAUUGUUUCAAACUUUUAAUUGACUAAAACUGCGAAGCUGUUGCAACUUGGGUAACUCCUGCUGGGAGGCAGACUGGCUUUUAAAGGCUGAGACCUUAGGAGUUGUCUCCUGUCGCGUUGUCCAGUAAAGUCUCCUGCCCAUCCAUCAUUUUUAACUGCUGUACAUUUUGUAGGUAAUGUGUAUAAAAUAAAUUCUUUGUAUAAACAGC